CAACACGUGAGAAUUUCCAGAAAGUUAUGAAUUAAUUAUAAUUCACGUUGGAUCUAUCAGUUUUUAGAUAAAUCGAUAAGCGAUAUUGUGAUCCUGUAGAUCGAAAGUGCACAAUUAAGAAAAAGCAUGUAAACAUAACCUGCGAAUUGCGGUUAUUCUAAAAACAAUGUAAAAAGAAAAAUUAAAAAAAAAUUUUAGAGAUUUGUUCAAUGUAUAUGAAUUUAUUAAAUUAUUUUAAUUUUAAAAAUACGAAAUGUUAUUUACAUUCGAGAGAUAUGUAAUUCGUGCCGGUACACGAUAUUUACGGCGAUGUUUUUCAAACGAUGUCGAAGUUUCGGCAAAUAAUCUGCAAGAAUUUACUCCGCAAUCCAAUAAGAAUUUCACGUUAGUACGUCGAGAAGAUCAGAAAUCUUUAAAGAUCGCCUUUUUAGGCGCACCGAAUGUAGGAAAAAGUACAAUUGUCAAUCAACUUAUUAAGAGAUCGAUAUGUCCUGUGUCUUCCAAAGUUCAUACUACACAAACCAAGGCAAAUGGAAUUUAUUGCGAAGCUAAUACUCAGCUGAUAUUUAUGGAUACACCUGGUAUGAUUUCCCCAACGGAAUUCAAGCGAUAUAAAUUAGCCAGCAGCUUCCGAACAGAUCCCAAAACUUCUUUGAAAGCAGCAGACAUUAUAGGAAUAGUACAGGAUGCAGAGAACAUAUAUACUAGACACAAGAUUCAUCCAAUUAUACUAGAAUUAUUAACUAAAAAUAUAAGAAAUACAAUUCCUAUAAUUCUAGUUAUUAACAAAGUGGACAGAGUGAAAAAGAAGGAAAUAUUAUUGGAUCUCGUGAAUACUUUAACUAAAAGCAAGCUAUCUCCAGAUUUCUAUGAUAUAUUUAUGAUAUCUGCUUUGACUGGAGAUGGUGUGGAUGAUUUGAGGACUUAUUUGUUAGACUCGGCUAAGCCGCGAGCUUGGGAGUAUGAAGAACAUAUUUACAGCGAUAAAACAUGCGAGGACAUAAUACAGCAAACAGUGCGAGCAAAGCUAAUGGACAGCCUACCAAAUGAGAUUCCUUAUCAAUUACAAGUGAAAUUGGAACAUUUUGAUCCAGGACCCGACGAUAAUAUUAAAGCAUUGUUGUCCAUUACAUGUCCCACUCCACGUAUCGCACGCUUGUUAAUGCGUGGCAAAACUAAAACUAAAAAAAUCAGUCAAAUUGCCCGGAUGGCAGAGGAAGAAUUACGGCAUGCUUUUCGAACAUCAGUGAUAUUGAGACUACACAUACAGUCUAAGACAUAAUUUGAUUUAUAUAUUUGUUAUGUGUAAAAUAAAGUUGACAAAUAAUCGAAA